AGAAGAGGUGCAACUAUCUACGCUGAAUUUCUAGGUGGAAGCUUUACGUGUGAUGCUUAUCAUAUGACCGAGCCUCAUCCUGAAGGAGCUGGUGUUAUCUUAUGCAUAAAGAAAGCGUUAGCGCAGUCUGGUGUCUCCAAGGAAGACGUGAACUACAUUAAUGCACAUGGCACUUCCACACCGGCAGGGGAUCUCCGAGAGUACCAAGCGAUUGUACAUUGUUUCGGCGAGAAUCCAGAGUUACGGGUGAACUCCACGAAGUCUAUGAUCGGUCACCUACUAGGAGGUGCUGGUGCUGUUGAAGCCAUAACAACUAUUCAGGCAAUACGAACUGGUUGGGUUCAUCCGAAUAUAAAUCUUGAAAAUCCAGAUGACGGUGUGGAUACGAAUAUUCUCGUGAGUUCCAAAAAAGAAAGAUUGGAUGUUAAGGUGGCACUAUCUAGUUCAUUUGGAUUCGGUGGCCAUAAUUCAUCGAUAUUAUUUGCCCCGUACAAGUAGAUAUCAGCGACAAUGCGGGUCCUUCCCAACAGAUCGAAGGUAAAUUGAAUAGGAUCAUUGUUUCCUUUGUUACAACAUACUUUUACGACGACUUCUCUAGUGAAAGGUGUUCGUAGUAGAUAGUUAUCGGAGCAAGCUCGUGAAGGUGAAACCGCGGAGGAUCUUCCCUCAACUUAUCGAUCAUGGCUACCGCGAUAUUCUUGUUUACGAUCAUCAUCAAGCUUAUAUAUAUAGUAUUUUCUUUUGCAUAUUGUAUGAACAAUGGUGUUACUAUAGGGACCUUUCCAAUAAUAGCAUAUUAGAAAAUGGUUGUGUGCAUACCAUACUAUAUAUUUGAGUUCGGACCCUAAACGACAA